AUGCUUAUCAUUAUUCUUUCUAGUGAAAGAACUCCUUUCUCCGUACCACAAUUUGUGGCCUAUUAUACGUCGAGUGCAAGUAGAAAUUACCCUGAUACACGAGGGAAGAGGUGUAAGAAGUGGGGAAGGCACUCACUAAGGGUUUUAAGCGCUACAUUUGCUCUAGAUAGGCGUACACAUCAUCAAGCUAUGUUAUGUCGUACGUUUGUCAGACGUGUGCACCUUUUUACCGCACUAGUGCCCACCAAUGUUGUGCAACUUCCACAUGUUCUCAAAGACGCCCAACUUGACGCUGCAAAAAAGGCGGCCAUCGAUGCUUCACCCUUUUUGGGGGUUGCUCCGCUUGUUCCCGCCUUGGAUCUACUGUCGGACCUGUCUAAUUUUCAUCAAAAGCGCGACGCACGUAACCUUUUAGACGAGUGUAUUACUCAAUGUCGAGCCGAGUUGUACAAGCCUACUGUUAGCGACCCUUUUCAUCGUCUGCAGCUACACGAGGCAAUAAUGGCUGCUGGUUUCUACUUAAGUACUGCUGGCAGUACCGCCUUGAAGGGAGAAGCCACACGGUUUGUCCUACAUCAUUAUAACUUUGAUGUACGUCGUGACACCAUCAUCACACGAACUGUACAUAACACACUUCUUGAGGUUCGCACGUCGACACCGGAGUCCGACAGACUUCUCAGUGAUCUCUUGUUGCUUGAGCGGCGUUUAUUCGGGACCUGCCGCUUCGCUCCGACGUCGGGUCGCCGCUGGUUUGCAUUGGGUCUCCCACUGGAGGACAUAAAAACCGAGGAGGAUUUGAAACGUGUGCUCGACAUCCCGGCGGUGAAGGAGAAGGGGCACUUUGAGUUGGUUGUGGAGGACACAGAAAAGAUGUGGAAGAAACUAAUUGUUCGGCCCAUGCCGGAGGAAACACACAGCCUCAUUGAACAGGGAGAAUUUGUGGUGAGUCACACCGAAAAAGAUCUGCGGUUUGAGUGCCGGGUGCAGAAGCCACCGGAGCCGAUUGACUUUUGGGAUAAGCUUAAGGACACGUUGUUGCGCUAUUGGGUGAUUUGGUUCUCCAUUUGGGUUACGUUCUUCAUGGUAGACGAAGAGAUCAUUACGAUUACGGCGCUUAUAUUUCUCAAGUGGCGUCAAACCAAAAUCCUUGAGGAGGAGGCGGAGAAAACAGGAGGUAAGAUAUACAUUGCGGCGUCGACAGGACGUGCACUGAACAAGUGA